CGGAAGUCAGUGUAAAUUGGGGCAGCGGAUUUGAUUGCAGAAAUUGUUUUGUAUAAGUUAGAUCAAUAACGUUAACUGCUUUAAAAGUGGAGGAAGAAGAAUGAGCUGACCUUUUAAAGAUGGCAGUGAACAAGAUGUUUAUAUCAGCUCUGAAAAGGAAUGACAUAGACAGAGCUAUUUCACUAAUGAUAACUCCUGGAUACAAUGUGAACUCAACAGAAUACAAAGACUGUACACCACUUAUAUUGUCUACUAAGCUAGGGUUAGUAAAAGUAGUACAGCAGUUGUUGUCUCUUGGAGCUGAUACAAACUGGCAAGAUAAGAAUGGUAGAUCUGCUCUCACUCAUGCUUGUAUAUCAGGCAAUACAGAGAUAAUCAGAGAACUCGUCAAAGCUGGCUGUAACUUGAAUAGGCCAACAGCCUUUGGUGAUAGGCCAAUACAUGAAGCUGUGGUGUAUGGUAGACUAGAGGCUGUAGAGGAACUACUGAAGGCAGGAGUGGAUAUUAAUUCUAAAAAUAGUAUCACAAGACAGACUGCGUUACAGUUAGCUGUGCUAUCAGAACAAAAAGAAGUUGUUGAUCUGUUGAUUCAAAAAAAUGUAGCCAUAGACAUUCCAACCUUUGAAGGUGAAACAGCUUUACACUAUGCCGUUCAAAUUAACGACUUCAGAAUUGUUAAAAAUUUAAUAGCAGCUGGAGCGAGCAUUCAUAAAAAGAACUAUAUCGGAGAAACACCUUAUCUUCUAGCUGUUCAGGAAGGGAAAAUUGACCAUGUGAAAACGUUGAUUUUAGCUGGUUGCAAAAUAUAUUCUUCCUCCUAUAUGUCACCACUUAGCUUGGCAUGCACAAAUUAUAAUCCUACAAUGGUUAAAUAUCUUCUAUCGGAGGGAUACAAUGCCAGUGAGGAUAAAUCAUUUAGACAGCAUAUAUACAUCAAAAUGGAGGAACGACAUCCAGAAUUGUUGGACUAUGUAUAUAACAGGUGCAGUAAUCCAUGCUCUCUAAAGGAGCAUUGUCGUAUUUAUAUUAGACGGUUGUUAAAUAAUAAUAUGGAUCAUGUCGUCCCUGGAUUAGCAUUACCAAAGAUGCUUCAAGAAUGGAUCCUGAUGGAUGUUAUUUAUUAGAUUUCUGUUUUGAAUAAUUUAUUUUUCUGAUUAAAAGCUCACAUAGCAUUGGAAACAUUUUGCUAUAGUACUUGAUGUAUGGUAUGGGUGUGAAGUCAUCAUUUACAUAACAUUGUGAUCAGUGGUGGCUGUAAAAUUGCAAUAUUUAAAAGACACAAAUUAGUGCUUCAGUAUACAUUAAGGCAAAAAAAGAUCAGUUCAAAAAAUUGUUUUACAAAUGUAUUAGAUCCUUUUUUGUUACUUCAAUCAUUUUCUGAUAGAUUUUCAUGCUUCUGCUGUAAGCCAAUGAGUCAUUAUGUGUUACCCUUCAAUUUUUAAUUUGUUUCCUCUCAAUAAGGUUACCUAUCAAUGACUUAAAUUAAUUCAAACCAAAUAUAUUUUAAUUUGAAAAAGGUCCAUUUACCAUUUGCCAAAUUCAGUUUGGUCAGAAGUUAUGCCCCUUGAGUAUCAGAAAGUUCCAAAUUGACAUAUGAAUGAAUUUUAUAUUAGUGUUUAAUUAUGUCACAAUGUUAAAAAAUAUUAAUAUUGUUAUGAACAAGGUCCAGAUAAAUUGUUAUAAUGUCAUUCUGUUUUCAAUUCAGUUAUAUUUUGUAUUUAAAAGUAAAUAAGAUCAUAUAAGUUGGUAAGCUUUAAACUUAAUAUGUAGUACUUAAUUGGGUUGGAUAAGCUGUAAUAACUUCAUUUUUAUUUUCUGUUCAAAGUGAAAUUCUGUAUUAAUGUCUCCUGAAGGGAGACCUAAGGUAGCAAAAAAUAGUUAGGAGUGUAUUUUCGCAUUUUGGCCCUGGUGGAUUUUACAAAUAUAAAAGUUAUUGUGAAAUAAAAUUCAUUUUUAGACAGCUGAUGACUAAUUUAGCCUUCAAAGUGGGUUUAUAGGACCAUCAAGAUUAUUGUUUACAUGUUUCAUGGGCUAUUUUCUGUUUGACUGUCCGUAUUUUCAUAGCCAGACCGGCCAUAAGUCCAGAAAUUCAAUUUUACAAAAAAAUUAGACGAAAGACAUAUGAUUUUUUUUUUAUCUCUUGAUAGAUGUAUGUAAACAGUUUCAGAAAAGGUAUCACUCCAACGGAUUGAAAUUCUACUUUUGGCCAAACUUUGGGGAAAUAUGUGACAUCUUUACCCCCCUUUUUGUAAUAUUGUAUAGCUAAUACAUGCAGGUUGUUGCCAUGGAUACACCAAAAAGAA